UGAAGCCCUGGGAUAAGCCUUAGAGUCUGUACCACUCAUGUAAGUGGGUGUAUGUGUAAGGCACAACCUUUCCAAAGCUCCUUAAAUGGUGAGUUAUCUCUAUUGAUUGAUUGUUCACAGUCAGUUACAGAUUGAAUUCCUUGUUGUACUUUUUUUCCCUUCUCGGUUCUGCACUUAACUAGUCAAAAAAUUAAAAAACAAUUUAAGAAACCACAAAGCUAAGCUGGGUGCGGUGGCUCACGCCUGUAAUCCUAGCACUUUGGGAAGCCAAGGCAUUCAGAUUGCCUGAGCUCAGGAGUUCGAGACCAGCCUGGGCAACAUGUUGAAACCCCAUUUCUACUAAAAAUACAACAAAUUAGCUGGGUGUUGUGGCAUGUGCGCCUGUAAUCCCAGCUAGUCUGGAGGCUGAGGCACGAUAAUUGCUUGAACCCGGGAGGCAGAAGUUGCAGUGAGCCGAAAUCAUACCACUGCACUCCAGCCUGGGCAACAGAGUGAGUGAGACUCUGUCUCAAAAAAAAACCAGAAACCACAAAACUUUUUGAGGACGAGGACCAGGUAUUUAUUAAUUCUCAUACCUCCCAGAGUUUUAGGCAUGAAAUAAAUGUUCAACCAAGACCUGUUGCACUGAGCAGUUCAUAUACAACAGGAGUGACCCAAGUUGAAACGUAGAAUCAGCCCACUCAUACCACUUUUUGCCAGGUGAUCAUAGGCAAGUUACUUAGCAUCUAUGUUUCCUUAUUAUUAAAAUGGUCAUAAUUACAAUGUCUAAGAUAAGGGGUUGCUGUGAAGAUUAUUAAAUCCUCAGUAAACUUUGGCUAUUGUUACUCCUAUGAUCAUCAUCAAUAUCAUCAAUUACCUUAUCUGUUCGAUACUGGUGGCACAGGUCCACAAGCUAGAUGUCUAAUCCCUUAUGUGUCUAUCGGUGGUACAAGUGGAGUUUGAGUGGGAUUUUUUUUUUUUAAGACCAGUUCCAAAUCAUCAAGUAUGAUACCACUAGUAGCAGCUUGUCUUGUCUGUACAGUGGUAAGUCCUGGCCUUGCCUUUGUGGCAAAUACAACCCCCUUGAAUUGCUUGGCCCUUCUCAGCAUUGCCUAAUAUUAGGGAGGACUCCUGUAAAGCUCACUGGUUAGAAGAUCAAGACACUUGGGCCUGGUUCUGCCCCUGGGGGCUAUUGGGUAAUUCCUUGCAGUCUCCAGGCCUCGCUUGCCCUCUGAACAAGAAAGAGGCUGUUCUGGGUCAUCCCUCCAGGCCUGUCCAGCCCUGGCACUCUGUGAGUCGGUUUAGGCAGCAGCCCCGGAAGAGAUGAGGCAGGCAGGGUUGGGACGUUUGGUCAGGACAGCCCACCGCAAAAAGAGGAGGAAAGAAAUGAAAGACAGAGACAGCUUUGGCUAUGGGAGAAGGAGGAGGCCGGGGAAAGGAGGAGACAGCAGGAGGAGGGACCACGGGGUGGAGGGGAGAUAGACCCAGCCCAGAGCUCUGAGUGGUUUCCUGUUGCCUGUCUCUAAACCCCUCCACAUUCCCGCAGACCUUCAGACUGCCCGGAGAGCGCGCGCUGCCUGCCGCCUGCCUGUCUGCCACUGAGGGUUCCCAGCACCAUGAGGACCUGGAUCUUCUUUCUCCUUUGCCUGGCCGGGAGGGCCUUGGCAGCCCCUCAGCAAGAAGCCCUGCCUGAUGAGACAGAGGUGGUGGAAGAAACUGUGGCAGAGGUGACUGAGGUAUCUGUGGGAGCUAAUCCUGUCCAGGUGGAAGUAGGAGAAUUUGAUGACGGUGCAGAGGAAACCGAAGAGGAGGUGGUGGCGGAAAACCCCUGCCAGAAUCACCACUGCAAACACGGCAAGGUGUGCGAGCUGGAUGAGAACAACACCCCCAUGUGCGUAUGCCAGGACCCCACCAGCUGCCCGGCCCCCAUUGGCGAGUUUGAGAAGGUGUGCAGCAAUGACAACAAGACCUUCGACUCUUCUUGCCACUUCUUUGCCACAAAGUGCACCCUGGAGGGCACCAAGAAGGGCCACAAGCUCCACCUGGACUACAUCGGGCCCUGCAAAUACAUCCCCCCUUGCCUGGACUCUGAGCUAACCGAAUUCCCCCUGCGCAUGCGGGACUGGCUCAAGAACGUCCUGGUCACCCUGUAUGAGAGGGAUGAGGACAACAAUCUUCUGACUGAGAAGCAGAAGCUGCGGGUGAAGAAGAUCCAUGAGAAUGAGAAGCGCCUGGAGGCAGGAGACCACCCUGUGGAGCUGCUGGCCCGGGACUUCGAGAAGAACUACAACAUGUACAUCUUUCCUGUGCACUGGCAGUUCGGCCAGCUGGACCAGCACCCCAUUGAUGGGUACCUCUCCCACACCGAGCUGGCCCCACUGCGUGCUCCCCUCAUCCCCAUGGAGCAUUGCACCACACGCUUUUUCGAGACCUGUGACCUGGACAAUGACAAGUACAUCGCCCUGGAUGAGUGGGCCGGCUGCUUCGGCAUCAAGCAGAAGGAUAUCGACAAGGAUCUUGUGAUCUAAAUCCACUCCUUCCGCAGUACCGGAUUCUCUCUCUUUAACCCUCCCCUUCGUGUUUCCCCCAAUGUUUAAAAUGUUUGGAUGGUUUGUUGUUCUGCCUGGGGACAAGGUGCUAACAUAGAUUUAAGUGAAUACAUUAACGGUGCUAAAAAUGAAAAUUCUAACCUAAGACAUGACAUUCUUAGCUGUAACUUAACUAUUAAGGCCUUUUCCACAUGCGUUAAUAGUUCCAUUUUUCUCUUGCCAUUUGUAGCUUUGCCCAUUGUCUUAUUGGCACAUGGGUGGACACGGAUCUGCUGGGCUCUGCCUUAAACACACAUUGCAGCUUCAACUUUUCUCUUUAGUGUUCUGUUUGAAACUAAUACUCACCGAGUCAGACUUUGUGUUCAUUUCAUUUCAGGGUCUUGGCUGCCUGUGGGCUUCCCCAGGUGGCCUGGAGAUGGGCAAAGGGAAGUAACAGAUACACGAUGUUGUUAAGGAUGGUCUUGGGACUAGAGGCUCAGUGGUGGGAGAGAUCCCUGCAGAACCCACCAACCAGAAUGUGGUUUGCCUGAGGCUGUAACUGAGAGAAAGAUUCUGGGGCUGUGUUAUGAAAAUAUAGACAUUCUCACAUAAGCCCAGUUCAUCACCAUUUCCUCCUUUACCUUUCAGUGCAGUUUCUUUUCACAUUAGGCUGUUGCUUCAAACUUUUGGGAUCACGGACUGUCAGUUCUCUGGGAAGUGGUCAGCACAUCCUGCAGGGCUUCUCCUCCUCUGUCUUUUGGAGCAUCAGGACUCUUCUCAGCGGUUCUGGGGACUGCCAGGCUGUUUCAGCCAGGAAGGCCAAAAUCAAGAGUGAGAUGUAGAAAGUUGUAAAAUAGAAAAAGUGGAGUUGGUCAAUCGGUUGUUCUUUCCUCCCAUUUGGAUGACUGUCAUAAGGUUUUUAGCAUGUUCCUCCUUUUCUUCACCCUCCCUUUUUUUCUUCUAUUAAUCAAGAGAAACUUCAAAGUUAAUGGGAUGGUCGGAUCUCACAGGCUGAGAACUCGUUCACCUCCAAGCAUUUCAUGAAAAAGCUGCUUCUUAUUAAUCAUACAGACUCUCACCAUGAUGUGAAGAGUUUCACAAAUCUUUCAAAAUAAAAAGUAAUGACUUAGAAACUGC